AUGUCGUCCCAUGGUGGACAGCAGAAUUUCCCAUUCGGCUACGAACAAGAGAACAUCCAUGGAAUCGGCCUGCCCGAGUUUAUAACCCCAGGCCCACCUCCGGGUCAACCUCUCCUCAACGCCGUUGAGAACCACAACCUCGACCAAUUCUUUAAUGACUUCGACCAAAAUGCUGCAAGCAAACAAUUCGGCAACGCACAAUUCGUGCCCACGGCGCAUAACCAAUACUUUACGAUGCCGCCGACCUUUGUGGGAUCAGAGACGGAUUUGGGCAACCACCCUGUGAUCGAUCCCAACCAUCUACAAGGAGGAUUUCAAUACGGCGAUGGCAUGCUUGAUCCUCUCGGACAGCAACAUGCGCUUGAUAAUAUGCAUGGUCAAGCAUACAAUCAGACGGGAUUUCACAACACACUCAUUGAUCAACUCCAGACCGCGGCCUCGAUGCAGCCAGCUUUUGGGCCUGCUUGGCAGCAGCAACAAGCGUUCCCUCCACCCAACAUGAUACAUGCUCAGCAACAAGGUCGACAGACGGUAAACUUCGGCACGGACUCUCGCUUCCAACCCAGCGGCUAUGCUGCGCCAAAUAACCCCAUGGACCCAGACAUACCUCAAGCUAUGAAAAUGCACCCGAUGGAUUGGUUUGAACCUGCCAGCGCGAGCACUACACAACCCAACACAAGACCAAACACACGGCCAAACACACAACCAUCAAGUCCUGUCUGGCAGAAGAAGCGGACGUUCGACGAGUUCCAGCAAGAUCACACCCGCAACGGGACCAUCAAGCCUACCACGGGCACAAUCCAGCCUACUCCACCACAAUCCGAUACCCGACGAAAACGCAGUUCUGUCACAAAGCGUGAGCCAUCAUCACAGCCGCGGACACCGCUGUCGAAAACUAAGUCACAGACGUCCAUGACCACCGAGAAUGCUAGAAUGGACGAUCACGAAGAAGAUGCCGAGGCAGAAGAAGAGGAAACCAGAUCACCCUCACCGGCCCCGUGGCCAGCGAAUAAGGCUCGCCCUCCACGGAAGACGCCCCCACCUCCAAAGCCCCCUCGGAAAAAGAAAGGCACCCCGAACACAUCGACGACAGUCAAACCUAAAUUGAAGCACCAGCCUUCUUCCAGCGGGUCCAAGGUCGCAUCCAGCAGAACUCCCCUGUCUCUGGAACAAAAGAAGGCCAAUCAUACCAACUCCGAGCAGCGUCGACGAGAUGCUACUGCUCGUUCUUACGCCGAACUGUAUGACCUUGUGCCAGAACUAGAGGACAUAGGGAAGCAGAGUACCAUGAAAAAACUUGAAGUCGUGGUGGCCAAAGUCCAACGUGUCAAGCAGACAGUGGAAGAUUUGAGGCUGAAGUUAGGUCUCGAUCCUGUAUCUGGAAGACCUAUGAAUGCUGGUGCGCAAGGUGCUCUGCUACACAGCGAUGUUCAGGGUUGGCGCUCAUGA